AUGGUUUACGUUGCAUCCACUACCGCACCAGUUAACAUUGCUACUUUGAAGUAUUGGGGUAAGAGAGAUAAGGAUUUGAAUUUGCCUACCAAUUCUUCUAUAUCUGUUACUUUGGCUCAAGAGGAUCUGAGAACUUUGACUUCUGCUGCUACUGAUGAGGGAUUCACUCAGGAUAAGUUGUGGUUGAACGGCAAAGAGGAAUCUUUGGAUAGUGCCAGAACUCAACAGUGUUUGGCUGAUUUGCGUGGUUUGAGACAACAGGUCGAGGCUCAAGAUCCUCAGGCUCCAAAGAUGUCUCAAUGGAAGUUGCACAUCGUCUCUGAAAAUAAUUUCCCAACUGCUGCUGGUUUAGCUUCUUCUGCUGCCGGUUUCGCUGCUUUGGUUGUAGCUAUUGCUAAGUUGUACCAGUUGCCUCAAGACUACUCUGAGAUCUCAAAGAUCGCAAGAAAGGGUUCUGGUUCCGCUUGUAGAUCUCUAUUCGGUGGUUACGUUGCCUGGGAAAUGGGUGAAAACUUGGAUGGUUCAGACUCAAAAGCUGUGGAGGUGGCUCCUUUGAACCACUGGCCAAACAUGAAGGCCGCCAUCUUGGUUGUCAGUGACAUGAAAAAGGAUACCCCUUCCACUAGUGGUAUGCAAUUGACUGUCAAGACCUCUGAUUUGUUCCAAGAAAGAAUCAAGAACGUGGUACCACAGAGAUUCGAAGAAAUGAAACAAGCUAUCAGAAAUAAGGAUUUCCCAACUUUUGCUGAUUUAACCAUGAAGGACUCAAACUCUUUCCAUGCCACUUGUUUGGAUUCUUACCCACCUAUCUUUUACAUGAAUGACACUUCAAGAAAGAUCAUUAGAUUAGUACACUCAAUUAACGCUUUUUACAAUGAAACUAUCGUCGCUUACACUUACGAUGCUGGUCCAAAUGCUGUCUUGUACUAUUUGGAAGAAAAUGAAUCUAAAUUAUUUGCAUUUAUCUACAAAUUGUUCGAUAAAGUUUCUGGUUGGGAAACCAAGUACACUGAAGCUGAAUUGAACGAUUUCCUAAAGGAAUUCGAUCAAUCAGUCUCUCCAAAAUUGGAUUUCGAAUUAGAUGACGAAAUUUACAGAGGUGUCUCAAGAGUCAUCUUGACUAGAGCAGGUCCAGGACCACAAGAUACUACCGAAUGUUUAAUCGACGAAAACACCGGUUUGCCAAAAUAA